AUGGCUUUGAUGAAUGGUGUGGAAAUGAAAGCUGAUGGUGAUUGCUCUGGACAAGCAGCAGUACAAGUCAUCAUAGGGGAGACCAUAGCAAGUGACUACUACCAGAGUAGAGCGCUGGUAUAUUUAGUCAAACACUUUGGUUGGUCUUGGGUCGGAGCUGUAAACAGUGAUAAUGACUAUGGCAACAAUGGAAUGGCAAUUUUUUUGAAUGCAGCAAAAGAGGAGGGAAUAUGUGUUGAGUACUCUGAGAAGUUUGAGCGGUCAGAUACUGCAAAAAUUAUAAAAGUGGCAGAUAUUAUUAGGAAAGGAACAGCCAAAGUAAUUGUCUUAUUUCUUGCCCAUUUUGAUAUAAAAAUUUUAAUAAGCCAGCUUAACCUAAAGAAUGUAACUGGCUACCAGAUAAUUGGUGUUGAAGGAUGGAUCACUGCUGUUAAGCUAAUUACACCAGAAAGUUACAAUAUAUUGGGUGGUUCCAUUGGUUUUGCUUUAGAAAAACUAAAGAUUGGUGGUUUUGCUAACUAUGCCGUGAAUAAAUUUUGGCAUUCAGCAAUUCCUUGUUUAAAUAAAGAGGAAAACCUCACCCAAACUGGAAACAAUUGCAGCAAAUAUAAGGAUAUCAUUCGAUUCAGAAAUUACAAUGAAGAUAUACCAGAAGUGAGAUGUGCAAAUGACAUGUACAAUGCAGUUUAUGCUGUAGCACAUUCUCUACAUAGCCUUUUGAAAUGCACAGAUAACCAAAGUUGUGAGAAAGACAAAAAAAUUCAACCAUGGCAGGUUGUUGAAGCUCUGAAAAAAGUCAAUUUUACCACCAAUUUAGGAGACCGUGUUUGGUUUGACAGCACUGGGGCAACAGCUGCAAGGUAUGAUGUGGUAAACUGGCAGCGAGGACUCAAUGGGCAAGUGGAGUUUAAGGUUGUGGGCUAUUAUGAUGCCUCUUUGCCAAGUGGAAAACAAUUUGUCCUAAAUGCUGAACAUAUAGUCUGGGCUGGAGAGAAAAGAGAGAAGCCAAGGUCUGUGUGCAGUGAGAGCUGUCCUCCAGGCACCAGGAAAGCUGCGCAGAAAGGAAGGCCUGUCUGCUGUUAUGACUGUAUACCAUGUGCAGAGGGAGAGAUCAGUAACCAGACAGGAGAAUUCUGGUCUAAUGCUGUCAGAAAUAAAUGUGUGUUAAAAGUCAUAGAGUUCCUUUCAUUUACAGAGGUUAUGGGAAUAAUACUGGUAGCUUUUUCUUUAGUUGGAGCCGCAUUAACUGUAUUAGUUGUUAUCUUAUUUCUAUCAGAAAGAGACACUCCUAUUGUUAAGGCCAACAACUCUGAGCUGAGCUUCCUGCUGCUGUUCUCUCUGACUCUGUGUUUCCUCUGUUCACUUACUUUUAUUGGACGGCCCUCUCAGUGGUCCUGUAUGCUGCGUCACACCGCAUUUGGGAUCACAUUUGUCCUCUGUAUAUCCUGUGUUUUAGGCAAAACAGUAGUUGUGCUAAUGGCUUUCAGGGCUACACUUCCAGGCAGUAAUGUCAUGAAAUGGUUUGGGCCUCCACAGCAGAGACUCAGUGUAUUUGCCUUCACUCUCAUACAGGUCCUUAUUUGUGUGCUUUGGUUAACAGUUUCACCUCCCUUUCCCUACAAAAACAUGAACUAUUACAAGGAAAAAAUCAUAUUAGAAUGUAAUAUAGGCUCUGCUAUAGGUUUCUGGGCAGUACUGGGUUAUAUUGGUGUUCUGGCUUUCUUGUGCUUUGUUUUGGCUUUUCUAGCUAGAAAGCUGCCAGAUAAUUUUAAUGAAGCUAAAUUUAUCACAUUCAGCAUACUCAUAUUCUGUGCCGUGUGGAUCACCUUUAUUCCAGCUUAUGUCAGCUCUCCUGGAAAAUUUACUGUAGCUGUGGAGAUAUUUGCUAUUUUGGCAUCCAGUUUUGCUUUAUUAUUCUGUAUAUUUACCCCUAAAUGCUAUAUUAUACUUUUUAAACCUGAACUAAACACAAAGAAAAAUAUGAUGGGUAAAUUGGCAUCUAAAUCACUUUGA